UUUGGCGGUCUCUUUUGAGGUUAUGUAUUGCCAAAACAAAAGUUUUUUGCUGUGCAGGAAUUUCAGAAAAACUGGAGAAAUAGAUUAAAAUUCCAGUGUAAAUCCCUAGGGAAUGCUAAGUAGACCUUCCCUGAUCAAACCAAUCAAACAAAUACUAAAAAUGUCUCGAAGGAGGGCUGCAACGAAGAAGGGAAUGGAAGAGUCAGAAGAAUCCCUGCCAACGACCUCAGCACAAGUUCAGAAAGAAGUUGAAAAGUCCCAGGAAGAUGUCAAAGUAAAAGUGUCCAAGUGGGAGCCGGAUAAUUGGAGGGAUACCUUGGAAAAUCUCAGGGAAAUGAGGAAGGAUUUCAAAGCUCCUGUCGACACAAUGGGAUGCAGCAAGUGCUGCGAUGAUGAAGCAGAUGAGAAAACCAAGAGAUUCUGGGCUCUGGUAUCUCUCAUGCUGUCCAGUCAGACUAAGGAUCAGGUGACAUUUGAUGCGAUGUCCAGACUCAAGAAAGAGGGAUUGCUACCGGAGAAUCUCAUCAAGUGGGAGACGAAGAAACUGGAAGAACUUCUUGUGCCAGUGUCCUUCUACAGGAACAAGGCAAAAUUCCUCAAACAAACAUCUCAGAUUCUCGUGGACAAAUACAACUCAGACAUUCCCAACACUGUGAACGAGUUGAUGAAACUUCCAGGAGUUGGUCCCAAGAUGGCUCAUAUUUGCAUGAAUGUUGCCUGGGGCGUAGUGUCAGGCAUUGGCGUGGACACUCACGUCCAUCGGAUCACCAAUCGCUUAAAGUGGACCAGGAAGCCCACAAAAGAUCCCGAAAAGACACGGAUUGCCCUCGAGGAGUGGCUUCCGUUUGAACUCUGGGAUGAAAUUAAUUUGAUUCUGGUGGGAUUUGGCCAGACCAUAUGUACCCCAGUCUCUCCAAAGUGCGAUGCAUGUGCAAAUAAUGCAAUUUGUCCAUCAGCCAAUGUGAAGAAGCCCAAAUCAAAGGGCAAAAAAUAAUUUGUUUUGAGUAUUUUUGGUAUUUUGAGGUCUUAAGGGAUUUGAAAUAAAUGCAACAGAAUUUAAUCGAUUGGUUUGGUAAUUGGCUAAAUUCUAUGUUUCUUUCGUGG